AUGCGGAUAUUAGGGGAUUGUAAUUCCCUCAUACUCCAUCUAGAAAAUGCUUCGCUAUACAGUCCCCUCCAUAAGAAGCAGAGCGCCAGUGGCGUGGCAUCGUGGCGUGGCGUUGCUUCGGUCCAGCAGCGGUCGGCCUCGACCUGUUUGAAAUUGCUUCACGACACGGAGAGCGAAUGGCCGGGGCUGCUGUGCCGGCUGGGCUGCGGCUACGGGUUUGCGACGGACAACGCCACCAACUGCCCGUUGUGCGAGUGCCGCAACCCCUGCGACGUCACCAACUGCCCGGACGGCCAGCAAUGCCAGCUGGUCGUUUCCCCAUGCCCAGAGACCCCCUUCUGCCUGGCUCUACCAUUCUGCACGGCCGUCCAGCAGCUUGACCGAGAAGAUACCGACGUCCAGGAAGAAGAAAUAGAAGAAUGGACGGCCAGCUGCCCGGCUAGCGAGCCGUUCCUCAACCCUGUCGACAAUCUGCCCAUCCAGUGCAAUCCGCGCAGCCGGGCGCUGAGCUGCCCGGCAGGAUUUUCCUGCUACAGCGAAAACAACGGGCCAGACGGGACCUGCUGCCCGAUCCAGCACGUCAUCAAGGCCGGCCCAUGUCCCUACCUGGUGCCCAUCUCGGUGGACAGCUGCGACAGCGAGUGCUCGGCCGACGAGGACUGUGACGGCCAGCUCAAGUGCUGCUCCAACGGUUGCGGAACCCAAUGCGUCGAGCCGCUCAUCAAGACGGCCUGCCAGCACAUGCAGAUGAUCAUGAAGUACAAGGCCAGGGAGAACGGACUGCCGGCCAAUCGGCUCUUCAUCCCACGUUGCCGGCCAGAGGACGGAGCCUUUGAGGCUGUCCAGUGCGAUCCAGUCACACGGGCCUGUUGGUGCGUUUCGGCCGACGGGCGGGAGCUGGCCGGCACCCAGGUUCCACCCGGACUCCAACCUCAAUGUCACACCCCGAGAAGCUGCCCGGCUCUGAGCGAAUGUCCUGAAUUGGACUGCUCGGCUCAUGGCUAUCAGCUGGACACGUCCGGCUGCCCAGUCUGCGCUUGCCGGGACCCUUUUGACGGUGUAGAAUGCCGAUCGCCUGCCGAAGAGUGUCGAGUGGUCCAGGUCAACUGCAUCCGGGCCCCUUGCCCACCUAUGCCCGUCUGCCUGCCCAGGCUGGACAAUCCCUGCACUCACGGCCAGCCGCUGAGAGACGGCCAGUCCGGCAGCAACACGACCGUCAACUGUGGACCCAUGGGCUCCAGCUGCCCGUCGACCCACAAGUGUCGACUGUCGCCGCUGGGUGAAUUUUCCGUCUGCUGCCCCAAGCCCAGGGACGUUUGUUUCCAGGAGAAGUUGCUGGGCUCGUGCAAGGCGUCCGUCCUGCGCUACAGUUUCAACGAGAAGCGCAACCGCUGCGAGGCCUUCCGCUACACGGGCUGUUCCGGCAACACGAACAACUUUGAUUCCGAACGGGAGUGCAAUGCCGUCUGCCCGUCCCUGUCCACCUGCGAGGAGCUGAGGGAGAAGAAUCUCAAAAUGGCCGAGAAGUUCAAGAAAGUCGUUUUCACGCCCAAGUGCAACAAGGCUAAUGGUGACUGGGAGCCCGUCCAGUGCCUGGAAGAGGUGGGCAUCUGCUGGUGCGUCGACAAGGAUGGCGAACACAUCAAAGGAUCUCUGACCCGAGGAUCGCCCACUUGCGGUGUCCGGCAGGCCCGUCAGCGUUCGAUCGACCCGCCCAUCUGCGACGACCCCAAGGCCGUGGUCCACGUCUGCAACAAGUCGAUUUGCGAGAGUAAAAUCUGCCUGGCCAACCCCAAGGCCGUCUGCCGGGUUGAUCCUUGCGGCGGAUGCCGUCCCUCCUUUUACGAUCCGGCUUCCGGCCGGAAGGUGGACUGCGAAGCCGGACUCAGUAAGUGCCAGAAGGAAGUGCAAGUCGUUUUGAAUUCCGACACCUGGGCCAGACAGGGUGGGCCGUGGAACGCCCAGCCGCUGGUGGUUUCCACUUCGUCCAGCCCGUCCUACCACUACGACAUGAAUGGAUAUUCCGCACCGGAAGAGGACGCCGAAGUCCUGCCGGACGCUCUGCUCUCAUCCGUCACCGUCUACAGCAGUCGCCUCAGGCGCCAGCUGGAAGAGAAGGAACAAUCCACCGAGACGGCCUUGCUGGACACGAUGAUGAAGGAAGCUGGACCGUCGGAAUUGAUUGCGGAAAUGCUCAAGGAAGUUAAACUGGAAGAGCUGGACCUGGAAAUGGCCACCGAAACUUCCGACGUGGAGGAUACGACUCCGCUGGAUUCCAGAACCGGAAAGCUGCUGGCCCGGCGUCCGGUGGACGAAGGUUUGCUGGAGGAAGUCAAGAACGGAUUCCAGAGCCUGGACGACGAUCAAACUGUCCAGCAACGACCUGUGCCCGCUCUGCGUGACGCCAUCAAACCUGGAUUCUGCCCGCCCGUCCGCUCCCGCACUUUCCUGCGGGUGCUGGCCCAAUUUGCCGGAGGGGCGGCCUGCGCUGACCAGUGCGUCUCUGACGCCGACUGUGCCGGACCGACCCGCUGCUGCCCGGGCGAGUGCGGCUCCACCUGCACCCACCCGGUCCUCCUACCGACGCCACUCCUGCCCAAACCGGGCGCCUGCCCAGCAGCGGCUCACCCGUUCGGCUGCCCGGCAGACACCAAGGCCGUUAUUGAAUGCUCGUCUGACUCGGACUGUUCCGGCCGGGCCAAGUGCUGCUCCAACGGAUGCAGUUCCACCUGCACCUCCCCCGAAGAAAACAGUUCCGGUCCGUUGAUGAUGUCCAUCUCUCCGCCCGUCUGCACCCUGAAGGGCGACUAUGCCCGGGAGCAGAGCCAGGGCGAGUUCAGCUGGUGCGUGGACACGACCGGCCAGCCCAUCGACGACUCCUUCACCCGCGGAUCGGUCCGCUGCUCGCCCAACGGGACCGUCCUGGAGCAACGGGCCCUGGGUCCCAUCUGUCCCGACCCGAGCGUCCAGCCAACCGUCUGCCGGGACGAGUGCCUCCACGCCCGCUGCCCGUUCCACCCGGACGCCAUCUGCAUGGCCGAUCCUUGCGACGACUGCAAGGUGGCCUUCAUCGACGGCCAGGGCCAGCGGCUCGAGUGCACCGAUCGCUGCAGCCAGCCGGCCGAGACGGGCCACUGCCGGGCCCUUUUCCCCCGCUACUUUUACAACAUAUCUUCCCAAUCCUGCGAGGAAUUCAUUUACGGCGGAUGCGAAGGCAACGAAAAUAAUUUCGAGUCCGUCCAGGAGUGCAGCCAACACUGCGAGAAACCAGUGAACGUGUGUGAAUUGCCCAAGGAGCCGGGCAUGUGCCGGGCGAAUUUCCCUCGCUGGGCUUACAAUCCGGAGACUCAGCUGUGCGAGAAAUUCUCGUUCGGCGGAUGCGGAGGCAACGCCAACAACUUUCACAGUUACCAGCAGUGCGCCAGCCGCUGCCCGGACUUGGUCCUCUGCCCGCAGCAGUCGCCGAUGCUGGGCGAGAUCAAGUCGUGCAGCCGUAACGAGGCCUGCGACGGACAGACGUCCGCCAACCACCCGGAAGCUGCUUGCUCCGUCGAUCCGUGCACCUGUCAGGCCGUCUUUGUCGACGCAGACGGACAGGCCGUCAAGUGCCUGGCUCAAGUCGAGCCGGCCGUCCUCCAAGCCGAGCCCCGCCACGCCUUCCACGACGUCCAGCCGGAAGUCAAAGAGUCGACAACAACAACCACAACUACAACUACAACCACCAGCCCAACAACCACCACAACAACAACGACGGAAGCCCCAACAACAACGACGACAACUACAACAACAGUGGGUCCAUCUCCUGCCCAGCAGCGCGGUAAAUCGCUGGCCCAUCCGCACUACACCCGGUGCCAGAAGAUGCGCCAGUCGCAACUGAAGAAAAGCGGUGGCAGCCAGAGCGGCGAAUUGAUUCCGGAAUGCGACCACCUGGGCCGGUUCCAGCCGAUCCAGUGCCUGCCGGCCAAGUCCAACAGCGGCCAAGUCAGCUGCUGGUGCGUCGACGAAGCCGGAAAUCAGGUGGCCAACACCACCCAGUUCCUCCGCGGAGAGCAGACCUGCCGUCUGGUGCCAGUGAUGGCCGUGGCGAUGACCCUGGGAUUCCCGGCCAUGGACCACGCCCAGGAGCAAAUGGAGAAGGAAGUGCGUCAGCAGGUGGGCGAGAUUCUCAACGGCCUGUCGGCCCGCACCAUGGAGUCGACCCUCCAGUUCAAAUCCCGGCAGGACGGAACGGUCCUGACCUUCACGCUGGUCGGCGACAACAAGAUCGACGUCGCCUCCCACCUCGAGGAUAUGGUGAAAUCGGGCCACUUGGCGCUGGAAAUGGAUGGGCACACGAUGCCGGCCGACAGCACGUCGUCGAAAUUCUACCACAAACUCGACUCGACUCAUCUCAGAGUGGCCGCCACUAAAGAGGAGAGCAGCGACCUGCAGGACCGCAGCCUGGAAACGCGGGAAAUUCUGGCCCAGGCCCUGGACAUCGAGGCCCCUUACCUGGCCAUUAUUGUCGUUCUGUCGGUGCUGGCCAGCAUUCUGGUUUGCGGGCUCAUCAUCGGCCUGGUCCUCCAUCGCCGCCGCACCACCGGCACCUACCCGAAAGAUUCCGGCUCGACGCUGGCGUCGCCGCCCAAGCCCAGCAAAGGUGGCUCCGACAAGUCGGACGUCGUGCCCAGGGGUUUCCCGCGCGUCGGAAUCAACCCGUCCGACGUCGUCCAGACGCCCCAGCUCUCGCCCACCGUGCCCAGGAGCAAGCGACAGACCCGCAACGCCGAGGCUUGGUGAAACAAUUCAAUUUAAUAAACCCCGCGAAAUUCAAAAAAAUUGAAUUUUAAAUUUUUUCAAAAAAUGACUCGGAAGAAAGUCGAGCUGUGCUCGAGUGUGAAAAAAACACCACCAGAUAUAAAUUUGUGUGUACUAAUCUUUGAAUAAAAAACAAA